UCACGCCGCCCCGCGCCCACGCCGCCCCGCGCCCACGCCGCCCCGCCUCCUUCUCUCCCGGACUUCCUGCUGUGCUGCUCGCGGACCCCCGCCGCGCCGCUGGAGGGACGUGAGCUAUUCGGAGCGCGCUGUUAGCCAGGGGUACCGGAAGAGGCCGGGCAGCGGGGGAGAGCUGCAGAGGGUGGCGGAGCCCGCCACGUACGCCCGGGGAGGGCAGGGGGAGAGAGGGAGGCAGAGUUAAGCGAGGAGUGCGAGAAAGGGAGCUUGGGUCCGACUUGAGCUCUGGUUCAAGACCGAGACUGGUGGGCCAGGACCCCAAGCCGGCGUCACACCCCGUCUGAAGAAGACAGGCGGUCACAUGGCUUCGCCAUUCCUGCCUGCGGGAGCCACUACGGGCGACGGCGGCGGAGAGCUGAGCUCGGGGGACGACUCCGUGGAUAUGGAAUCCCUCCAGAGCCCGGAGACCGAGGCGUCCAGGAGGCUGACAGAGCUGUUUGAGAAGGCUGCCGCGCACUUCCGAGGCCUGGUUCAAGGGGCCAGCAGGGAGCAGCUCUUGUACCUGUAUGCCCGGUACAAGCAGGUCAGAGUUGGAAAUUGCAAUACUCCUAAACCAAGCUUCUUUGACUUUGAAGGAAAGCAAAAAUGGGAAGCAUGGAAAGCACUUGGUGAUUCAAGCCCCAGCCGAGCAAUGCAGGAGUAUAUUGCUGUAGUUAAAAAAUUAGAUCCAAGUUGGAAUCCUCAGUCACCAGAGAAGAAAGGAAAAGAAGCAAAUACUGGUUUUGGUGGGCCAGUUGUUAGUUCUCUGUAUCACGAAGAAAUCAUCAGGGAAGAAGACAAAAACAUAUUUGAUUACUGCAGAGAAAACAACGUUGACCAUAUAACCAAAGUCUUCAAAUCAAAAAACGUGGAUGUGAAUAUGAAAGAUGAAGAGAGGUCUUCUCUGUACAGUCAAGCGCAUCAGGGCAGAGCUCUACUCCAUUGGGCUUGUGAUCGAGGACAUAAGGAACUAGUCACAGUCCUGCUACAACAUAGAGCUGAUAUUAACUGUCAGGACAAUGAAGGUCAAACAGCUCUACAUUAUGCUGCUGCCUGUGAGUUUUUGGACAUUGUUGAGCUGCUGCUCCAGUCCGGCGCCGACCCCACAGUCCGAGACCAGGAUGGCUGCCUGCCGGAGGAGGCGACAGGGUGCAGAGCGGUCACUUUGAUGUUACAGCAGCACACGACUGGCAAGGUUUAAUCAAAAGACUGGAAACCCACAGUCUAUAACAGCACAGGGCUUCGGUGGUGAAAGAAAACUUCAAAAAUAACACUUCUUUUGCCACCCCUCUUUGGUAUACACUGGCUAAUAAAAUCAGUUGUGAGAAACUGG